AUGCUUAGCCUCGCCCGCAAGACUCUAAACCGCGUUCCUAGCUUCCAGGAUAUUCUUCAAGGCAGAAUGACCCACCCCGACAUCUCAGUCGACGUUCUCGUCAUUGGCGCUGGCCCUACUGGUCUGGGUGCCGCGAAGCGUCUGAACCAGAUUGAUGGUCCCUCCUGGCUGCUCGUUGACAGCAACGAGAUCCCCGGUGGUCUUGCCUCGACCGAUGUCACCCCCGAAGGUUUCCUUUACGACGUCGGUGGGCACGUUAUCUUCUCUCACUACAAGUACUUCGAUGACUGCAUCGACGAAGCUCUUCCCAAGGACGACGACUGGUACACACACCAACGUAUCUCCUAUGUCCGUUGCCAGGGCCAAUGGGUUCCCUACCCCUUCCAGAACAACAUCUCCAUGCUGCCCAAGGAGGAGCAGGUUCGCUGUAUCGAUGGCAUGAUCGAUGCUGCUCUCGAGGCUCGCGUGGCAAACACCAAGCCCAAGGACUUCGACGAGUGGAUUGUGCGUAUGAUGGGAACUGGUAUUGCGGAUCUCUUCAUGCGCCCUUACAACUACAAGGUCUGGGCUGUACCUACCACCAAGAUGCAAUGCGCGUGGCUCGGCGAGCGUGUGGCCGCCCCCAACCUCAAGGCUGUGACGACCAACGUCAUUCUUAACAAGACCGCUGGUAACUGGGGUCCUAACGCCACCUUCCGUUUCCCCGCUCGUGACGGUACCGGUGGUAUCUGGAUUGCUGUUGCCAACACCCUCCCCAAGGAGAAGACCCGCUUCGGUGAGAAGGGCAAGGUUGUCAAGGUCAAUCCCAGAAACAAGACUGUCGUCCUGGGCGAUGGCACCACCGUUGGUUACAACAAGCUCGUCUCCACCAUGGCCGUUGAUUUCCUCGCUGAGCAGAUCGGCGACCAGGAGUUGAUUGGCCUCACCAAGGAGCUUUUCUACUCUUCCACUCAUGUUAUCGGUGUUGGUAUCCGUGGCAGCCGCCCCGAGAGAAUCGGCGACAAGUGCUGGCUCUACUUCCCCGAGGACAACUGCCCCUUCUACCGUGCCACCAUCUUCUCCAACUACUCCCCUUACAACCAGCCUGAGGCCUCUAAGAAGCUCCCCACCAUGCAGCUCGCCGAUGGCUCCAAGCCCAAGAACGCCGAUGCUCAGGAGGGCCCUUACUGGUCCAUCAUGCUGGAGGUUUCUGAGUCUUCCAUGAAGCCUGUCAACCACGAGACUCUCCUCGCCGAUUGUAUCCAGGGUCUCGUCAACACCGAGAUGCUCAAGCCUACCGAUGAGAUUGUCUCCACCUACCACCGCCGCUUCGACCACGGAUACCCUACACCAUCCCUGGAGCGUGAGGGUGCUCUGACCCAGAUCCUGCCCAAGCUGCAGGCGAUGGACAUCUGGUCCCGUGGUCGCUUCGGUAGCUGGCGCUACGAGGUUGGCAACCAGGACCACUCUUUCAUGCUCGGUGUCGAGGCUGUGGACAACAUUGUCAACGGCUCUGUCGAGCUGACCCUCAACUACCCUGACUUCGUCAACGGCAGACAGAACACUGAAAGACGUCUGGUUGACGGUGCGCAGGCUUUCGCCAAGAACAAGGCCCAGUAA